AUGUAUUAGUUUGUAAUUAAUUACAAUUUUUUAUUCAUUAAUCUUCUAUUUUAUUUAAAAAUUAAUGAAUUAGUGAACAAUCUUCAUUAGCAGCACUUAUAGCAUAACAUUCCUUCUUAUGGUUGUUGUUUUACAUAAUUAAUAGAACUUAGAUUAUCUUCUUAACAGUAAAAGCAUUUGAAAGGGAUAUUUUAAAAUGAACCUUAAAACAUUUUGUCGUAGAGUAAGUAGGCGUUACAGAAUUUGUAAUAUUAUGAACUUAUGUCUUCAAAAACAAUACUUAAUUACAUCUCAUAUUGUUAGCCAAUCCCUGUUUAACGUAAGUCAGUUUUGAAAUAGGAGAUCACAGAUACUUUAAAAACUCUCCAGAAUAUUUACAUAUCUUCUGAAUCGUAUGAAAUUCCAUUAGUCACUAAUAGGUAUUUGAUAAAUUUCAUCAUUACUUCAAAAGGUUCAUUCUUUGAAUUUUUUCCCUUUUCCCAUUUAAAUUCAUGUUUCACUUAAAAUAUUUUUAGUAUGUAAAAUAUCCAAAAUAUGAAGUAAAGUUAAUUAAUAGUUAAGCACAAUGUAUUCUUUCAAAUUCAUAAAUAUAUAAUAAAUAUUUACUAAAAUUUAUUUAACAUAUUUAAAGCUAUUUAUAAAUACAAAUAAACAACCAUUUUUAGUAAAACAAACUGA